AGGGGGGGGGGGGGGUUCAACAUCAACAUCAACGUUCCCAACAAUCAUUUUGAUUGGAGUCGCCGCCGUGCUUCACAUCCCACUUCGGAGGAGAUUAGCGUCCACAAUCGAGCCAGGGGGAGGUAAAACACAAGACAUUGACGGAGGGGGGCGGCGGCGGACGACAAGCAAGCGACCCCUCCAUCUCGUGCGGAGGUAUUCGAGAGUUGGAGGACGCGUUGAUUUCUCCGAUCCCCGGUGGGAAGUAAACAGCUUAUUCUCCUUGCACAAAGCUACAACUGAAGCCAGUUUUCCUUUCAUAGCCACCAAGGCAGCAGAGAAGACAUGAGUGAGGACAAGCCAGCCGAGGGCGCGGAGACGCCCCCCUCUGAGAUGAAUGCCAUUCCUAAUGGGAAAGGUCACGAUGUGGUAGAUGAGAUGACUGCAUCGUCCAAAACAUCACCUGUGGAUGAUGGGCCAACGGAAACAGUACCCAACAGUGUCCAGAAUGUUAGUCCUAACCCAACUGAGAACGCAGAGGCCAACCAGCCGGAAGGUCAGGAGUUCUUAUCAGGUGCCGACAACAGCAAAACAACGCGAUUUACUGAUUUUGAGGGAAAAACAUCAUUUGGGAUGUCCGUCUUCAACCUGGGCAACGCCAUCAUGGGAAGUGGCAUCCUCGGACUGGCAUACGCAAUGGCCAACACAGGAGUCGUUCUCUUUUUGGUUCUCCUAACAGUGGUGGCUGCCCUUUCAUCAUAUUCCAUUCAUUUACUGCUCAAGUCUUCUGGUAUUGUAGGCAUCCGUGCUUAUGAGCAGCUUGGCUACAGGGCUUUUGGCACCCCUGGCAAGAUGGCGGCAGGUAUCGCCAUCACACUGCAAAACAUUGGAGCCAUGUCCAGUUAUCUGUACAUAGUCAAGUAUGAAUUUCCGUUGGUCAUUCAGGCCUUCCUUAAGGUGGAUAAGCCAGCAGGUGAAUGGUACAUGAACGGCAACUACCUUGUGAUCAUUGUAUCCAUCGCCGUGAUCUUGCCGCUGGCACUCAUGAAGCAGCUUGGAUAUUUGGGAUACACCAGUGGCUUCUCCUUGAGCUGCAUGGUGUUUUUCCUCAUCGCGGUCAUCCACAAGAAGUUCAAUGUCCCUUGUCCGUUCGUGGACUUUACCAUCAACGGCACUGCUGGCGGUCUCCUGAACAUCACGGAUCCCGGUGGGGCGGACGACCUCUCCUGCGUUCCCAAAAUGGCCAACCUUAACUCCCAAACUGCCUACACCAUCCCCAUCCUGGCGUUUGCCUUUGUGUGCCACCCUGAGGUGCUGCCUAUCUACACAGAGCUACGCAACCCCACCAAGAAAAAGAUGCAGCAUGUGGCCAACAUGUCCAUCGCAGUCAUGUACGUCAUGUAUUUCCUGGCUGCUCUCUUUGGAUACUUGACCUUCUAUGAUGAAGUGGAGGCUGAGCUGCUUCACACCUACAGUCGCAUUGACCCGUAUGACACGCUGAUUUUGUGUGUGCGUGUCGCUGUGCUCACUGCUGUCACACUCACUGUGCCCAUCGUGCUUUUUCCUGUACGAAGGGCCAUCCAGCAGAUGAUGUUUCCAAACAAGACCUUCAACUGGCCACGACACAUCGCCAUUGCAUUCACUCUGCUCGCGUUCAUCAAUCUUCUGGUCAUCUUUGCCCCUAACAUCUUGGGCAUCUUUGGGAUCAUAGGUGCCACAUCUGCCCCUUGUCUUAUUUUCAUCUUCCCUGCUGUCUUCUACAUUCGUAUUGUACCCAAAGAAGAGGAGCCACUGCGCUCAACCCCCAAAAUCUUGGCGGCUUGCUUUGCUGGGCUUGGCUUCCUGUUCAUGAUAAUGAGUCUCAGCUUUAUCAUUAUUGACUGGACUUUAGGCAGCAGCAAAGCCAGCAGUGGCCAUUAAACGGGCUUCCACAACCCUUUCCAGGAAUUUAACUUUCUGGUUGAUUUAGUUUUAUGUGUUGUUAUUCUUCAUGGUUUUACUUUGGAUCUUCCAUCGAAAAUAUUGGGGGAAUGACAAGUUUUGGAGGACGCCAUGUCUCUGCACAAAACAAACUUUGUACUGUACAUCCUGCCACACAACACUACCAGACAGACAGAAGUCAAUUUGGGGUGGGGUGGGGGGGGGGG